CUGCGCAAGCGCCGCGCUGCUUCGCCCCUCCUCGCCGUUUGCAUGUAAAGGUGCUCGGUCCUUCCCAGGAAGCUAAGGCUGCGUUGGGGUGAGGCUGAAGCUCACUUCAGCCGGCGGCUAGCAUCAGACCAGGCAGCCCCUGAAAUGGCCUCCGUCUCCGAGCUCGCCUGCAUCUACUCGGCCCUCAUCCUGCACGACGAUGAAGUCACGGUCACGGAGGAUAAAAUCAAUGCCCUCAUUAAAGCAGCAGGUGUAAAUGUUGAACCAUUCUGGCCUGGUCUCUUUGCAAAGGCCCUGGCCAACAUUGACAUUGGAAGUCUCAUCUGCAAUGUAGGAGUUGGUGGGGCUGCCCCAGCCCCUGGUGCUGCUCCUCCUGGGGGUGCUGCCCCUGCUGCUGGUGCUGCCCCUGCUGAAGAGAAGAAAGAAGAAGUUAAGAAAGAGGAAUCAGAGGAAUCAGAUGAUGACAUGGGCUUUGGUCUUUUUGACUAAUUAUCUCAUGUAAUACAGCAAAUAAAUAUUUCAACUCA